AUUAUUCCUCUGCAACUUCCGAAUUCCAUUAUCAAAACCGUGCAUGAACCAUGAUGCUACAAAAACUUCCAACUGCUACCAUUGACUUGUAGUAGUACUCAUCAAUGGAGAGACAAAGAAGUUUCUCCUUCAAACCCACUCGAAUUUUACUCUUCACAUUCACAAUCUUUUCUUCUAUUCUUUUCCUUUCAACUUUCACAAUCUGGCUCACAAAAUCCACCACCAUACCUUCACCACUUCACCACCACCAAAUACUUCUUCACUUCAACACUUCUUCACCUUUAACUGUUCACUCACUCACUACUUUUACCAAAAACAACUUAACUCUUACAAAAACUCCAACUUUAAUUGAUAACCGUCUUUCUAGAAGCCAAAAGAGCUUCACAGGAUCCAAAUCUGAAGCUAUAGAACACCACCGUGUUGUUGCUUCAAAUGCUAAUUUUUCUUCAAUGCAUGGUAAUGGGACUAAGGUAAAAGAAGUUGGUUUAGUGGGUAAAAGUCAAGUUUCGGUUUUUAUGAAAAUUGAGCAGAAGGAGAAGAUAGUGAAAGGGUGUGAUUUGACAAAAGGGUAUUGGGUUUUUGAUGAAAGUUAUCCUCUUUAUAAUAGAGAUUCAUGUCCUUUUAUAGAUGAAGGUUUUGAUUGUGAAGGAAAUGGAAGAUUGGAUAGAAACUUUUCUAUGUGGAGAUGGCAACCUCAAGGUUGUGACCUUCCAAGGUUCAAUGCAACAAAAAUGUUGGAGUUGAUAAGAGGGAAAAGACUAGUUUUUGUGGGUGAUUCAAUUAAUAGGAAUCAAUGGGAAUCAAUGCUUUGCAUGUUAUUGGGUGCCGUUAAAGAUCCAAAGAGGGUGUAUGAAGCUCGUGGAAGGAAAAUUACCAAAGAGAAGGGGAAUUAUAGUUUCAGGUUUCUGGAUUAUCAGUGUACAGUUGAAUACUAUGUCAGUCAUUUCUUAGUUCAUGAAAGCAAGGCUAGAGUAGGACAGAAACGAAGACCAACAUUGCGAAUUGAUGCCAUUGAUCACGGUUCGUCGAGAUGGAGAGGAGCUGAUAUUUUGGUUUUCAACACAGCACAUUGGUGGUCACAUUACAAAACCAAAGCUGGGAUUUAUUACUAUCAAGAAGGAACUGUAGUUCAUCCGCGGUUAAAUGUUUCUACAGCUUUUAGAAAAGCUUUAUCGACUUGGGCAUCAUGGGUCGACAGACACGUAAAUUCGAAGAAAACCGAAGUUUUCUUUCGAACUUCAGCACCAUCUCAUUUCAGGGGAGGUAAUUGGAAUUCAGGAGGACAUUGUACAGAGGCCACUCAUCCUCUUACUGAAACCCUAAAUUCAACUUAUCCUGAGAAGAAUGAAAAGAAUAUAAUCAUAGAAGAGACAAUAAAGCAGAUGAAAACUCCUGUGACACUGUUGAACAUAACUAGUUUGUCAGAAUUUAGAAUAGAUGGUCAUCCAUCAAUUUAUGGUAGAAAAACUCCAUCCUCAAAGAUUCAAGAUUGUAGCCAUUGGUGUCUUCCAGGAGUUCCAGAUACAUGGAAUGAAUUGUUAUUUUUUCAUUUACAAAGUAAAUGAAGGUGACAUGUUCAAAAUAGUACUUCAUUUUUCUGCAAAUGUGUAUAUGUAGCUUGUGAAAUUUUCCCCUCUUUCAUGAAAUUGGCUGAUUUGUGCAAUUGCUUUUUUUUUUUUUUUUUUGAAGAAGCUUGUGCACUUGCUUUUUAGCAUAAUGCAAUUCUAGAUACUGUAAA